AUGAAUGUUGAUAAGCUUUUCAAAAUUCCUUCAAAUAAGAUACCUAGUGGAAAGAAUAAGCGAAAACUUUCUGCUAAUCCUAACAUAGAAGUACUAAAAGCCGUACGUUUACAUAAUGAAGAACAGGAGGAUGAACCUUCCGUAGAAAGCAGUGAACAAAAACGUAUUUUGGACUUGGUAGAUCAGGUUGAUGUUGAAGAGCCAGAAGCUUUAGAUGUCGCAGGCGUUCGUAAAAUGAUUCUUAAACUUGAAAAAGCUAUAACCAAGAAUCAAGAACUUCGCGUCAAAUUCAGCGAUGAUCCAACAAAGUUCAUGGAAUCUGAAGCAGAUCUUGAUGAAGGGAUCAAGCAUCUAUUGACACUUACCGAAGUACCUGACUUAUAUUCUCAAGUUGUUCGGAUGGGUGCCAUACCGUCUAUUGUUUCACUUUUGAGUCAUGAGAAUACAGACAUUGCUAUAGACGUUGUAGAAUUAUUAAAUGAAUUGACAGAUGAAGACGUAGUUGCAGAAAAUGAUGAAGAUGCUAUGAAAGUUUUCAUUGACUCUUUGCUUGAAAACCAAGUAUUGGAACUUCUUAUCCAGAAUCUUAGUAGAUUAAAUGAGGAAGAAUCAAAUGAUAAACAAGGAAUUUUCAACACAUUAGGUAUAAUUGAAAAUUUUACGUCAUUUGAUCCAUCAUUGUCAGAGAAACUUGUAAAAGACACCAAUAUAUUACAAUGGAUACUGACGCGAAUCAAAGCCAAAUCAUUUGAUUCUAAUAAACAAUAUUGUAGUGAAAUAUUAGCAAUUUUAUUGCAAAAUAGUCGAGCCAAUAGGUUAAAAUUAGGUGAAUUAAGUGGUGUAGAUACGUUGCUACAAGUUUUAAAUGCCUAUAAACGUAGAGAUCCUAAAGAUGCAGAUGAGACCGAGAUGAUGGAAAACUUUUUUGACGCAUUGUGCUCAGCAUUAGCUGAGCCUGAAAUUAAACAAAAGUUUCUCGAAGGGGAAGGGGUCGAGUUAAUGCUAAUUAUGAUGAAGGAAAAAAUGAUGUCGAGAAUGCGUUCUAUUAAAGUAUUGGAUUAUGCAUUAUCUACACCAAACGGAGCUAGUAGUUGUGAACGAUUCGUAGAGAUAUUUGGAUUAAAAACACUCUUUUCUACUUUUAUGCGCAAGGGCUUAAAAAAAUUCAAAAAAAAUUACAAAUCGUUUUCGGAAGCUGAAGAAGAAGAGCAUAUAAUCGGGAUAAUAGUAUCAUUAUUAAAGAACCUACCACAAAACAGUGAACACCGAUUAAGGUUAUUUAGCAAGUUUAUUGAAAAUGAUCUUGAAAAAGUUGAUAGGCUACUUGAAAUGAGAGAAAAUUAUGAAUUCAAAGUUUCAACUGUUGAUAAGGAAAUUGAAGAAGAAAAGGAGGCAUUAGAAGAUGAUGAGAUCGAUGAAACGUUGGACGAAAUAUAUUUGAGAAGAUUAAGCGCAGGAUUAUUUACUCUACAGCUUAUUGAUCUCACGAUCGCAUGGAUUUGCUACGAAGAACCCAUGCUUAAAGAACGUGUAACGAUCCUCUUGAAUCGUACUGGACAGAGCACCGCAAAUGUGAAAACCGUAUUGGAAGAAUACCAUAAAAACAUGGGCGGCGAUGGUGAUCAAGUUAAGACUGAAAAUAUGGAAAAGCAAAUGAUUGAAACUCUGAUAGCCUUAAUUUUUGUCCUGCUCACAUCAUUUUGUGCUAAUGUCCAAGCUGAUUUAACGUUAUAUCAAGAUUUUAUUAGCGCAAAUGCAACCAAAAUUAAUAAUUCAAGUUCAAAAGCUGGAUUUUAUUACACUGCAGACAAUUCAGGAUUGCAAUUAAUAACAGGUUCUAAUGAUCUUGCGGAUAAUGUUAUGGGUAUAUUAUACAAUGUUGCAGACCCAUGCUCAUCUCAAUGUCAACAAUCUUUACCUGCCGUUUCAGAUGCUCUUAACAACUCGAGGAUAGCAGUAAUAAAUUUAAGUUCCAAUUGUCCAAUUAAUCAACAAAUCAUUUCUGUACAAAAUUGUGGCGGUAUUGGAGCAAUUAUUUUUGGUAGUGAAAGCGAUGAUUCCUUAAAAAAAGAUUCUGUUACUAUUACAGUAUUAAGAAUCAAAUCCAGUAUGGGAAAUAAGCUGUUAACUACUAUGAAUGAUACUAUAAAUCAAAGUUCCGGAUUGGAACUAGUUCACGUAGUAAUUAUUUCCUCGCAAGAUAGUUAUGCUAGUUCUUGGAAACUUGCUAUAAUUGUAAUUGGUUCAUUGUUAGUAGCUUCAUUUUUGGUUUCCAGUAAACUUCGUGAACGUAACAUGAUGGUUGCUCAGCAAGAAGCUAAUAUGAAUUCUAAAUUACAAAUAUUUACAUUGGAUAAAUCUAUUGUUAAAACUUUUCCAACUAAAAAAUUUCGAAAACAAGAUAAUGACAACCAAUCCGAUGACCCUUUUACAUCUGUUAGCUCUUCUAUUGCUUCGUCAUCAAAAGAUGCCAAGAAUAAUAAUGAUUAUUCCAAUGAUGUAUGUGCUAUUUGUUUGGAUGAAUUCCGUGAUGGUGAAAAUUUGAGACAAUUACCAAAGUGCUCACACACAUAUCAUAUUGAAUGUAUCGAUCGUUGGCUUACAACAAAGUCAUCACUAUGUCCCCUUUGUAAGCAGGAAACUGCACCGCAAGAUGUAAUUGAUAAGCGAGAAAAAAGAUUUGCACAAGCUUUACAAAUUCACUCAAAUCUUGAUUCGAUUUAUGACACAUCCAACAGUCGAUCUAAUAGACAUAAACUUUCUCCAGCUGUCAUUCGUUCUGAUAAUGUUUCGCGUAUGGUGUAA